AUGAAAGAGGACAGUAUGCAGAGUAAAACUGAAACCUCCAAGCUAAAAAAGGGUUCUAUUCCACCCCCACCUCCUCCUUUGCCACCAUUUCCAAAGAAAUCAGCGAAACCAGUUCUCGAGCAACCAAGUAAUGCAAGUGUGACCGUGCAAGAGAUUGCUGGAUACUGGAGGCAAAAGCACAAGGUCGAGGAGGAUCACUUGUUGGCUGCUAUCAGAGCUGCAGCACGUAUCAGGGCGCGCAUUCUUUGGGAGAAUGAUUACCUUCAACUUGAGGAGUCUUCGAAAGAUGAUGAUGAUCAUACAGAGAAUGAUAAGGGUGCCAAGGUCUCUAACCAAAAGGAUCAGAACGCUGAAGAAAUACGAGUUGGAAUAAAGGAUUGGUGGACAAAGAGCAAAUAUGCUUAUUUGAACCAACCAGCUGUGAAGUCCAUGGAUAAACCAUCAAGGAGAGCAUCCAGUUAUAAGCCCCAGUUUCACUGCUACAAAACUACUGUCCCUGCAGCUACUACCACCACAUUUGGAAUCUUUUAA